ACCCUCUUCCUCGCGGCAUCGGCCCGAGUUCAGCCCGGGCAUCGGCAUGGGGGAGGCGCCAGCAACAGAUGCCAGGCUCCCAGGUUUGCAUACUUAGGCCACGCUGAGCGCCCGAAGAAGAGAGAAGGAACCGGAGAAGGUCCGGGAAGGCGGGGACGGGAGGUGUGGAGAUCCCCCCUAUAAAGGAGAAGCCCCCGCCCCCACCGGAGAGAUCCCCGCCCGCAGAGCUCUGCUGCCGGCAGCCCUGUCGCCGGCGCCCACCUCUCUCCAGCCAUGCCGGGCCGGGCCGCCGAUCGGGGCCAGGUCCCCUUCUGCAGCGCCGCGGAGGAAAGCCGCUCGGGGGUCGAGGACUCGGAGGGCGGCGGCGGUCAGGAGAGGCCGGGCGCACGCAAGCAGCGGCAGGACAUCGUUUGGCGGAACGUCGUCCUGAUGAGCCUGCUCCACUUGGCCGCUGUGUACUCCCUGGUGCUGAUCCCCAAAGCCAAGCCGCUCACCCUGCUCUGGGCCUACUUCUGCUUCCUCCUGACUGCUCUGGGUGUGACAGCUGGUGCCCAUCGCUUGUGGAGCCACAGGUCCUACAAGGCCAAGCUGCCUCUGAGAAUAUUUCUGGCUGCUGCCAACUCCAUGGCUUUCCAGAACGACAUCUUCGAGUGGUCCAGGGACCAUCGAGUCCACCACAAGUACUCGGAGACUGACGCUGACCCCCACAACGCCCGCCGGGGCUUCUUCUUUUCCCACAUCGGGUGGCUGUUUGUUCGGAAGCAUCGAGAUGUCAUUGAGAAGGGGAGAAACCUUGAUGUCACUGACCUGCUGGCUGAUCCUGUGGUCCGGUUCCAGAGAAAGUACUACAAGAUCUCCGUGGUGCUCAUGUGCUUUGUGGUCCCCACACUGGUGCCCUGGUACAUCUGGGGAGAGAGUCUGUGGAAUUCCUACUUUCUGGCCUCCAUCCUUCGCUAUGCCAUCUCACUCAACGUCACCUGGCUGGUCAACAGUGCCGCCCACAUGUAUGGAAACCGGCCCUACGACAAGCACAUCAGCCCCCGGCAGAACCCGCUGGUCACACUGGGCGCCAUUGGCGAAGGCUUCCACAAUUACCAUCACACCUUUCCCUUUGACUAUUCUGCGAGUGAAUUUGGCUUAAAUUUCAACCCGACCACCUGGUUCAUUGACAUCAUGUGCUGGCUGGGGCUGGCCACUGACCGCAAAAGGGCAACCAAGCCGAUGAUCGAGGCCCGGAAAGCCAGGACUGGCGAUGGCAGCGCUUGAACCCGGAGCUGCCGUCCAACCUGCCCGCCGCUGACACUUUGGUUCAUGCCUUCUGUUUCUAUAGUUCUCUUGCUCAUUGGUUCAUGGGAGGGGGCGGAGGGUGGGAGGGAGUGGAAUCCAUGUGGUUGGGAGAUUUUUCAUUUGUCUCAAAGUCAAGAUACAACUUUCAAUGAAAAAAAAUGUGUAAGUCAGUGUAACGAUGAUUUAACCUUAGAUCUUGGACAUGUGAUUUAAUCGCUGUAGCUACAUAUCAAACAUACAUGGUCUUGUGCUAGUACCUAGUGUUAACCCUGACAGGAUGAAGGAAGAUAAUAUUCUUUCCGUGUGAUUCAGGAGAGCAUUUUCUUUUCUGCCAGUUACCCCAGCAUUAUUUUUAAACACACUAUCUGAAGGAACAGAGAAGCAAGGUGGCAGACAAAGGAGGGGGUCUAAGUAGUAACUAAAGAACGUUUCUGUUUUGUAAUUAUUGUGUGUUUUUGUUGUUUAACUUCGAGAAUUGAACAUUUUUUAAAAAGGAGGCUACACGAAGUGGCUCUCCUAUUAUUUUUGCCCUAUUUACGGCUUGUUAAUGCUCUACUGUCUCUGCUCCCCGAGGUCUGCUCGUGGCCCAGCUAGUUCUGUGUCCCGAGCUGUAUGGCCAGCCGACCCUAUAAAUCAGUGGCUGGUUGGAUGUUUGAUUUCGCUCUCUUUGCUAUCGUCAUCUUAAAAGUAUGUAACUCGACGUGCCAGACACCAAAUGAAGCUCAAAUGAAGCUCUCAUUUCAGUGUUUAGAUGCCUAAUUUAUAUCCAAUUGUUCCCAGCCACUGAUGCAUGUACUUUGGCUGCUUCAGUAAUAUGCUAAAGAAGCAUAUUAAUUUUCCACACCAGGCCAUCAGAUUUUACUAACUGACAGUUAUCUAGAACUCAGUGUCUACUAAUGUUUCACCUGCAUGCGGCCUUCAUUGGUUUUGCAGCAAAAUAUAAAGUGAUCAUUAUGUAUCUUCUGGAUUUAAACAUUUUCGUGUGUUAAGUUGCCUUGUAAAGAGCAUGUUGAAUUAAUGGGACAGUGUGCCCUUUGUGUUAGAUGUUAGAGCAAAAGAAAGGCUUAUAGUGUUGGCGUUGGAGCCCUUCAAAGACAGCUCGUUUUAGGGAUGAUGUAGGAUUUAAAAUUAAAAUUUUAAAGUUUUGAAAAAGAAGCGAUGCCAAUAGGAGAUUGUCAUAAUGAAGUUCUUCAUCCAGCAGGUGUUUAACAGUGUUACUUUGCCAUUAAAAAAUGUAUAAACUAUGAGUGAUUUACAAUAAAUGAGUGUGAAUUUGUUGGUGUUCUUGACUAGAUACUUAAGUGUUGUUUAGG